AUGAGCACGUACACGGUGACGCUGAACGGACCGGCGCCGUGGGGUUUCCGGCUGCAGGGCGGAAAGGAUUUCAACAUGCCCCUCACCAUCUCCAGGAUAACCCCUGGGAGCAAGGCGUCGGGCGGCAGCCUGGCGCAGGGCGACAUUAUCACGGCCAUCGACGGCCUCAGCACUGACGGCCUGACGCAUUUGGAGGCUCAGAACAAGAUCAAGUUGGCCACUACCAGACUCGUGCUCAGCAUGCAGAAGUCAAGACGUCCUGCGCCUGUUCCGACGGCAACCCCCAGGAUGGACUCCCCCAUGCCUGUCAUCCCCCACCAAAAGGUCAUCGCCAACACACCAGCCAACGUGGAGUACACGCCUAGCUUCAACCCCAUAGCCCUGAAGGACUCAGCCCUGUCCACCCACAAGCCCAUCGAAGUGCGCGGCCCCGGCGGCAAGGCCACUAUCGUGCACGCGCAGUACAACACGCCCAUCAGCAUGUACUCGCAGGACGCCAUCAUGGACGCCAUCGCCGGCCAGUCGCAGGCCAAAGGUCACGAGGGUGCGGUACUGCCUAUGAAGGACCCGGUGGUGGAUUGCGCCUCGCCCGUUUAUCAGGCGGUCAUCCGGCCCAGCGACAACGCCCUAGACUUGUCUGAGUGGGCCCGCCGUGCCGCCAACCUGCAGUCAAAGAGCUUCAGAAUGCUGGCCCACAUCACCGGAACUGAAUACAUGCAAGACCCGGAUGAAGAAGCUCUGCAGAAGUCAAGAGAGAAGUUCGAGUCGGAAAUGAAAGGUCCUCGCUUCGCCAAGCUGAGGAAAUGGCACCACGGAUUGUCCGCACAGAUCCUCAACGUCCAACAGUAA